AAAAGACAUCACACCAUGUCCGUUAUUGUUAGCUUUGGUCCUACCGAGCCAACCAGAGAGAAGAAGAAGAAGAUGAUCAGAGAUUUAUACUUAACUUUACAUUAAUCAUCAGGGAUCAUGGGAGAGAGUCUUGAAAGCUUAUCAAGAACAAUGCGUUUAACUCUGUUCUCAAGCACGUGAUCUUGAAACUUUCUCUUCUCUUCUCUGUGGUCCAUGGAGAUGGAUGUUGAAUCCGUGCUUAAGUUUCUCCGACGCAACGGCUUAACCGAGGCUGAGUCUGCUCUGAGAGACGAUAUCAACGAGCAAAACCAACUCAUUUCUUUUGACUUCGAGAAGUUUCUGUUUCCUAUUCCUCCGCCGAUCAGAAUCACGGCGAGUCCUCUUCCUACUCCUCCUGAUUCCUCCGGAGAGAAAGGGUCAAAGUCUUCUUCAGAUGACGAGUUUGUCAGCUUGGACUCUUUCACUUCCGAGUUUAUGAAUCCGUAUGGAGAUGGAUCAUCAUCAUCAUCAUCUGAAUCCAUAUCUCAGUUUGGUACGGCGCGUACAUAUCACGAGUGGAGUGAGUUUUACUUACAGAUCAACAACAAAGAAGAGACAGAAGAUGAUGAGUUCAUGUCUCCUGCAUUUACAGAAUCUGAUUUCUUCAUAUUCCCCGCACCUACUACACAAGAUAAGUUCAUCACAGAUAACCAACUCGAGAAUAAUAAUGUUGGUGUCUACGAUAAAUCAUCAGAAGGGUCUAAAACCGAAGCAAGUCUUGAUUACUUAGAUAAGCCUAACAAUGUUGAGGAUCACUCUAAAGACUACAUUGGUGUUGAAAGUGAAUUUUUUGAUGGGGAGUUGUUUGGGUUUAGUUGUGAAGAAGAUGAUGCAAAGGACAAUGAUGAUUCAAAGACCAGUGAUAAGGUGAAUGUAACAGAUGAAGAGGUUGAUUUUGUUCAUGACCUUAAAGAAGAUGAGUAUGAAGUAUUUGAUCUUAGAAUCAUUCACUGGAAAAAUAGGACGGGGUUCGAAGCGAAUAAGGAUCUACCAAUUGUGCUGAACUCAGUGAUUGGAGGAAGAUACUACAUUACAGAAUACAUUGGUUCAGCUGCAUUUAGCAAGGUGGUUCAGGCUCAAGAUCUACACAAUGGGGUAGAUGUUUGCCUCAAGAUUAUCAAGAACGAUAAAGAUUUCUUUGAUCAGAGUUUAGAUGAGAUUAAACUACUUAAACAUGUUAAUAAGCAUGAUCCUGCUGAUGAACAUCACAUCUUGCGUCUCUACGAUUACUUCUACCACCAAGAACAUCUUUUCAUUGUGUGUGAACUUCUACGUGCAAACUUAUAUGAAUUCCAAAAAUUCAACCAAGAAUCCGGAGGAGAACCAUACUUUAACUUAAGCAGACUUCAGGUUAUAAUGAGACAGUGUUUGGAUGCUCUUGUGUUCCUUCACGGACUAGGAAUCAUACAUUGUGAUCUUAAACCAGAGAAUAUACCAAUAAAGAGUUACAAAAAAUGCGCGGUAAAAAUCAUUGAUCUUGGAAGCAGUUGUUUCCGCUCUGACAACUUGUGCUUGUAUGUACAAUCACGUUCCUAUAGAGCUCCUGAAGUGAUUCUUGGACUUCCAUAUGAUGAAAAGAUUGAUUUGUGGUCUCUUGGUUGUAUUUUAGUAGAACUCUACUCUGGUGAGGUUUUGUUUCCAAACGAAGCAGUAGCGAUGAUAUUGGCUCGGAUUAUUGCGGUAUUAGGCCCUAUAGAAGUGGAUAUGCUAGAGAAAGGUCAAGAGACUCAUAAGUACUUCACCAAAGAGUUUGAUCUCUACCACUUAAACGAGGAGAGCAAUGAGAUUGAAUACAUAAUCACAGAAGAAUCUUGCUUGGAAGAUCAGUUACACGUUAAUGAUGAAUUAUUUUUAGAUUUUGUAAGAAGUCUACUUGAAAUCAAUCCAUUGAGACGUCCAACAGCUCUGGAGGCACUUGACCAUCCUUGGCUCUCUUCAUCUUGUUCUUACAAUUGAUUUUGAGUUUUUUGUUUUGUUUGGCUUCUUGUGUUUGCCUGUUUUUUUUUUUUAAUGAUUCUUUGUUUAUGUUCUGUUUCUUUUUCCUCUGGGGAUCUUGAUUGUGUCUUUUUGUCUCUUAAAUCCAGUAAAUGUAAGAUGUAUGUGUAAAG